AUGACGGAGGCUGCCGGAUACGUCGCUUACCAGAAAGCGAGCGAGGAAACCCCAGAUGGAGUGACAGGCAAGUUAUUACCCAACAUUGAGGCCUGCCUCAAGAAAGAAGGAAGUACAGAAGACGUGCCUGAGGGUCAACCAGGCGAGCUCUGGUUGAGGGGGCCGAACUUUACGCAAGGAUACGAUUUCAACGAGGAGGCGAAUAAGAAGGGGUUCCCGAUGAAAGGAUGGUACAACACAGGGGAUGGCUUCCAGGUAUCUUCAGCCGAGCUAGAGAGUUAUAUUAACGCCCAUCCUAACGUAGUAGAAGGGGGUGUUAGCGCGCUCUGGGACGAAAGUCAAUUGACAGAACUCCCGACAGCCUGGGUCAUAUUAAAAGAUAGAUUCAAGACUCCGCAAGAGAAGAAGAAUGCUCUCAAGGAGGUACAUCAGGCGGUUGACAGCCAGGUGAGCAGCUACAAGAAGCUUAGGGGAGGAGUCUGGGAGAUUAAGGCGCUACCGAAGAAUGCGACGGGAAAGAUACUAAGGAAGCAGAUGGUUGCUAUGAGGGACGGGGUUUGUUCACUCGAAAAUUCUCCCAAGGCUAAACUGUAA